CGCCACUCCCUCUCCCCCUCGCAGAAUGAUUGGUCGCCCCUCCCGUGCUGCCAUUGGUCGGGGCGUCGGGGCCCGCCCACUUCGGGGAUCCCCAGCCCCGGGAGGUAACGUGGCGACUUAUCUCCGCUCCAUUAUUUGAUACACCGCUUCUGGUAACACACGCUCAAAAUCAACUUGCUGUGGUGUAACGCCGAUACUGUAAUACCUCUUAAAACUCAGCAUCAAGGUGGAUUAAGGCCAGACUUUCAGAUUUGUGGGGCGGUCAUUUGUCGACAGUUUAGAGUGUGACGGCGCGCCGGUCGGUUCCUCCUCUUCUUCCUCCUCCUCCUCCUCCUCUCCUCCUCCUCCUCCACCGUCGCCCUCGCCUGCUGCUGCUGGUGGUGGUGGUGCGCUGUGAAGUGUGUGCUCGCUAAAGGCCCUCCUCCUCCACCUGUACCUCCUCCUCCUCCACCUCCUCCUUCCUCCUCCUGGUCGCCGCCCGCGUGCAGGUCGCCGCGACGCGAGGACCGGACCUGCCAGCCUCGCUCGCCUCCUCCACCCACAAAAUGGACACUCUAACAGGCGGCCUCAGUGACGGGCUCUACGACCUCGUGCCCAGCGCCCACCACGCUGCCCACGCCGACACCACCCACGCCCACACGCACGCCCGCGAUGGUGACGGUACAGCCUCGCUGACGGCUGCCGCCCACGCCCAUCAGCAGCACAAUCCUGCUUCCUCCGCCGCCCGCCUCACCGUCCUCUCCACCUCCCGCCCACACGACCAGACUCCCAGAGACGUGGGGGAGAAGCCGUCACAGUCGUGCUCGGCGGAGUCUGACGAUGACAAGAACAAGAAGAAGCGGCAGCGGCGCCAGAGGACUCACUUCACCUCGCAGCAGCUGCAGGAGCUGGAGGCCACCUUCGCCCGGAACAGGUACCCAGACCUCAGCGCCAGGGAGGAGAUCGCCCUGUGGCUCAACCUGAAGGAGGCACAAGUGAGGAUUUGGUUCAAGAAUCGGCGGGCCAAGUGGAGGAAGCGGGAGCGCCACGCCAUGACGGCGGGGAUGCCCGGGGACCUGAAGGGCGGCUGGGGAGCCCAGCUGAAUGGUCUGGCCUGGCCUGAUGACGGCCUGUACUCCGGCUACUCCUACAACAAUUGGGCCAAGGUCACCCCGCCGCCGCUGGGGGCCAAGAGCUUCGCCUGGGGCUUCAACAGCGUCAACAUGAACCCGCUCAUGAGUCAGCAGCCGUCGGCCAUGUCGCCCAUCAACUGCUUCCAGACGCCCACGCAGGGCAUGAGCAGCUCCACCAACCUCAUGCCCACCACCAUGUCCUCGUCCCUGGGCUCCAGUGCCGCGCCCUGCCCCUACCCCGCCCCGACGCCGCCCUACGUCUACCGCGACCAGACCUCCACCAUGUCCUCCUCCAUCGCCUCCCUCCGCCUCAAGGCCAAGUCACACUCCCCCGCCUUCUCCUACACGAGCGGCGGGGACACGCGGUCGCCGCCCGCCCCGGACAACAACGCCUUUUUCACCACCACCGCCGCCCCCACGGACAAGUUCUCCUGUAUGAACACCGUCAUCGCGUAACGUGCCGGCCACCGCCCGCCCCACUCCACCACGGACGCCUCUCCUCAGCGCCUCUAAGGUCGCUCGGGGGCUCGGCAUCGGGGGGGCUUCGGAGGGCGUCGCCGACUUCGCAAGAUAUCCGGUCCUGGCGGCUGUAGGAUGAACGCCAGGCCGCCACUCGGCACGCAGGGGACGAGAGGCGGCAGCGGCGGCGGCGCGGACACAACACCACACCGACACCACCAGGAACAACAGCGGCACCACUCCCGUCACCACAUCACACCAGACCCAACAUGCCGCCACAACAAUAGCAACAACACCGCCGCCGCCUCCGCCGCCGCCGCCGCCGCCGACACACCACCAACACCCCCCACGGCGCAAGUCGCUCAUUACUGUAUAUAAAAAGUUGAAAGCUCUUAAUCUGAACCAGGAGUCCUCACCCCACCCCUGCCCGGCCCCCUCCCCACCCUGCCCACCCUGCCUCAACCCACCGUGCUCUCCUCACUGGACCCACCAAUUCCUCUCCCCUCCCUCCCCCUCAUAACUUGAUCCACAGAGCUACGCACACCAUGAUUCCUGACCACGGCGGGGGCGGGGUGGGGACGGGGAGGGGUGAGGGGAAGAAGAGCAUUCACACGGCGCGUCUUUACCACCACCACCACCACCACUACCACAGCGACGUCACCACAGCAUCACCACACGCACCACCAACUGUGUGUGUGUGUGUGUGUGUGUCGCCGUGAGCUGAAGAGAACAUCAGAAGUGUCAUGUUUUAUUUUACUUCGAGAAUGAAUUACGAGCGACAUAUCCUCCUCCUCCUCCUCCUCCUCCUCCUCCUCCUCCUCCUCCUCUUCCUCUUCCUCCGCCGCCGCCAAGCUAUAUAGUACAUACAUACCUAUAAAUAUAUAUUAUCAUAAUCCUCAAGGCCACGAUGAUAUAUAAAAAAAAAGUCAAUUCCAUGGUCUGACAUUUCCAUUUUUCUUUAUAUUUCAUGAUGUAAAUAAAACUUUAAAUUAUAGAACUGUAUCCCGCCGUGUAUGUAUGUGUGUGUGUAUGUAUGUUAUGUGUGUGUGUGUGUGUGUGUGUGUGUGUGUGUGUGUGUGUGUGUGUGUGUGUGUGUGUGUGUGUGUGUGCAGGGACGACAUUAAAAAGUGAUUCCAUGAUCCGCAUUUCCCACACACACAAAAAAAGUGAUUAAUUUAUAGUCGAAUGUAAUUAAUUAAAAGUAAUGAGUGGUGGAAGUAAUUGUUUGUGUGUGUGUGUGUGUGUGUGUGUGUGUGUGUGUGUGUGUGUGUGUGUGUGUGUGUGUGUGUGUGUGUGUGUGUGUGUGUGUGUGUGUAUUUGUCAGUCAGUCUGUCUGUCUGUCUCUGAGAUUCAUUAGCAAAGUGAUGGUGAACGCAGGUGUACAGCGCAACUAGAGAGAGAGAGAGAGAGAGAGAGAGAGAGAGAGAGAGAGAGAGAGAGAGAGAGAGAGAGAGAGAGAGAGAGAGAGAGAGAGAGAGAGAGAGAGAGAGAGAGAGAGUAGGGGGAAAGGGAAAAACUGUAGUUGUAAUUUCAGAAGGCAUGUCCUUUGAAAGAGACUGUGUGUGUGUGUGUGUGUGUGUGCGUGCGUGCGUGUGUGUGUGUGUGUGUGUGUGUGUGUGUGUGUGUGUGAGUGAGUGAGUGAGUGUGCACCACCCGCACAUUCCACGCCCCGGGGCGCCCCAAGGGGAGCCACCGGGGCCUCAGUGUCUGUAUUAAUGUAUAACGAUUUAAUAAAGAAUAAUUUCAU